AUGAAGCUCCAAGCUGGACUCUAUGCUACCGCACUAGCCCUGCUAGCUCUCCCUAUGCUGGUAUCCGGAAGCUCCAAGUCCAGCACCAUAGCUCCGGUAGUCUCGCCACUCCCAUCUCCCACUGGCAGGGGCCAUUGGGAAUUCGGACUCUAUAAAAGCAAGAAAUGUACCGGCCCCGCAGUCAACUUUAUGGGGAAUGGGUCCAGUGACUGCCGCAGUGAUGUACCCAGUGGAGGAGCAAAGGGAUACAACACGACUACCCUUGAUAUGGACUGUACAGUGACGCUGUACAAGGAUAGUAGAUGUUCGCGCGGGAAGAAGAUUGUGAAUGUCUUUGCCGAUAAUAAAAGCAAGUGUAACUCGGCUGGGAAGAAGAUCAUGGGCUACAAGGUGGAAUGUUUCUGA